CCUAGUCCCCUAAUAAUGACGUUGUUCUUCCCCUAGCGACUCGUUUCGCAUAACAAUAAUGUCAACGAAUAGUCCAUCUCCGGCGACAUUUGGUGAACCUUGGCCGGAGUAUAACGACGGUCUAACUUACCGUGAUCUUGUCCGGUCACCUGAUUCCGGUUUAACAUUGAUUGAGUAUUACUCUCUCAGGCAUCAAUCUUCAGCUCCUGCUCUAGGUUGGUUGCAGAGAAUCGAAAACGGUCAGAUAACAGUCAACGGAACAGUUGUCACUGAUCCAAACACCGUUCUCAGAAUCGGCACAGAACUAGUAUAUCACAGACGUCCAUGGAAAGAACCGUACGCACCAUACUUGCUCGAGGUUUUAUUUGAAGAUGAUCAUUUGAUUGCGCUAAACAAACCAUCUGGUCUACAAGUUUUACCCGGUGGACUGUUUCAGCAGCGAACUGUCCUUACACAACUCCAAUGGCGUAUAAAGAAUCAAGAAUCGUUAGUACCGGAUCGAGAAUUAUGCCCUGUUCCAGUUCAUAGGCUUGGAAGAGGGACAUCAGGAAUAUUACUUUGUGCGAAAACAAAGCUUGCAAAAACUCGGCUUGCAGCUCUUUUUGCUGACAAAACGUCAGCAGUUUCCAAUAACAGAAAAAUUGACAAUGAGGUCAAUAAGGUCGGAAAAAUGUCAAAGAUAUACAGGGCACUAGCAAGUGGAAUUAUAAACGAGGACGAGGCUGUGAUUGAUGAGCCAAUUGGAACAGUGAAAUAUUCUGGUGUUGCUAAAGGAUUAUAUGUUGCUUCUCCUUCAGGGAAACCAGCAUUGAGCAAAGUUCAUGUUUUGAAGAGAGAUGUACAGAAUAACCUCACAGUUGUUCAGGUGGAGAUUCAAUCUGGUAGGCCCCACCAAAUCCGAAUUCAUCUUUCGUUCAUUGGACACCCUUUGAUAGGUGAUCCGCUUUAUCUAACUGGUGGGAAACCACAAUGCGCUGUGCCUGAAACUGUAGAUGAAACAUUUGCCGAAGAUGGAGGGUAUCACAGACCUGCAAAUCCUGUUCCUGGAGACUGUGGGUACUACUUGCAUGCUCAUCAAUUAGUUCUUUGUCAUCCAAUGACAAAUGAGAUGAUUAAAAUAACAGCACCACUACCGCCCGUCUUCUUAAGUCACGAGUCAGGAGAAUGAACAAAACACAUUGCUUUAUUAUCAAUCAGAAUGUUUCAGGAACUGCUUAGCUUGAGAGUUGAGACGAGUAACCUGCUGUUGGGCUGACACUUGGAAAAUGGGCCUGGCUCAGGCUGUUUGAUACUUUGAUGAGCUACAUUUAUAGUUGGGCCAGAUGUGUGGAUCUGUAUCUUUUGGGCCAAUGAACUUUUUAGAGGUUAUUUAUUUAUAGUUCUUAAUUUGGAGAAGUACAUGGUCGAGGUUUAAAGACAUAUUCGAUGAUCCUUAAAUACUAAAAUAAUACAUUAUUAAUUGCAAGUGUCAUCAUCUAGUCAUUAUGGUGCUAAACCACCUUUAAACCUAUUAA